AUGAUCAUCGAUCUGUGCUCCGCCCUGCUCCACAAACUCAACAAAAACCUUGAGCUGCUCAACAGCGCCCCAUCCAUUCCCACACAUCUGUACGGCCCCCUCUACCAGCAGGUCUGUCGGUUGAACACAUUCGAUGAAGAUCUGAUAAUGGCACGCAUCGACAAGAUUUACAAGUCACUCAAUAACAGCGUGGUCGUGCCUCCUACGCUUGUCAAGUUGUACCACGGUAGCGGAGAGCACACGGACAAUGACACGGUUACCGGUGCGCUUGUUGGUCUCAUAGGACAGAACAUCAUCAAGCCGUUGAUUGAGGACGUGGAGAUGCACAUGCGCUAUGAAUGUGGGUGCGAAGUGCCUGAGAUGCCGGCGAGUUUGUGUGUGUUUGGUGAGAAUCUGGCAUGGGUGGAUGAGAGCAACGUAAAUUCAUUUUUGGAAUCGGUAAGGAACAGCAAACACGUCCUGAUGCACGCGUACCUGCACACAUACCGCACUUAUCUGCCGUUUACGUGCGUGUUCCUCGUACAGACAGAUCGUGGUGCGUACGUUGUAGACGCCCUCGAACACAAAAGGCUGGUUGCAAUGCUUAGCUACGAUUGCACGUACCGUAAGUACAUGAAUGGAAAAACGUUGCUUGCGCUGAGAGAAGAGUUUAGGGUUGUUCCGUGCUGCUGUUCCCUUGUUAAGGUGCGCGAGUGCUACUUUGUAGAUUUUCGUAUCAGGCCGAUGCAGGGCGAACUGCUGCGCUUGGACAUAGCACCAGAAAAAGACGAUGAGGCUGUGCUUGAGAGUGUAAAGCAAACCGAGGAGAGGAUCAGUGCACAAAAUAAUAUCACAGGAGGAAAGAGGAAGGCUCUGGACGAUAUUCUGAAACUGAGGGACUUCAUAGCAAAAAAUAACAACGAAAGCGUGAACUACGUGCUGACUGAGCGCCAGCUCAGUCUUAUACUGGAGAAGAUGCCGAAGACAAAAAUACAAUUCAAGAGCGUGCUGCCCAGGUGCUCGCCAAUACUGCGCGCACACAUUGAGGACAUUCUUUUCAUUUUAAAUGAGGUUGUGGAGAAUGAUGGUACACAGCCGUGUAGUGGUGUAGAAGACUGCAGCUCGAGGUGCACAGAGAAUGGUAGCAGCACCAUUGGGGGCGGAAAUGCCGUGGAGCGCAAGUCAGACAGUGCUGACCCGUCAGGCCAUCACGGCAUGGCCAAGGAACCGGAUAAGGGCGAACAAAAACUGAACGAUAGGUUAGAACGUAUCGAGCUGAGGAGCCAUAGUGCAAAUCAUCUUGAAAUAGACAGCAAUAUUGCAAAGGUUAAGUACCACACGUUUGAUUAUGACAAGAACGUUGUCGAAAAGGUCAAGAACAAAUUCAGGCGAAAGAAAAAGGGUUAGAGUGCGUAGUUUCAUCUUUUCAGCACAGCUGUGCUGGAGCAUUUUCUACCACGGGAUCGUCCAUCCGUAAUUCAGACAAAUUUUUCGUUUCUCAGACCAGGCAUAGAAGAAAUGUGCGAAGUGCGUAAUAAAAUAAUUUAAGGCGUUGU